ACGAAAAGAGAGAGAGAGAGAGAGAGAGAGACUUAAAUAGACCUUCAUGUAUGCAAUUACUUACGGGAAGCAAAAUAAAAAAAAGUUUUUCACUACUAUAUAUGUAUAAUCACACCUCUCGCUUGGAAAUAUUAAAAUCAAGGGUUUCGUCGUCUCUUGUAACCGACCACUCGCUUUGACUCGCUUUGACUCGCUUUGACUCAGGUGACGGGCUGGAAUCUGAGUUGAGAAAAGCCAGAAAUGCUUCCUCUGUAUUUUUCUGAUUUGAAUGUUUGGUACCUUCAUGGAUGUUCAUGACCAUGAGUUAUCUGUAUGGACAAGAAGAAAAUUCGGGUUCAAUGCAGCUACUGUAAGAAACAUAUGACUUCCUUCCAUUGUCUGAAACACUUGGGUGGUCCCCGUGAACAAGUUCUUAUAGAGACGUUUUGAAUGAUGUUGAUGGAGGAAACAUCUGGUCAUACUCCUAACAGAGUUGGGGAAGUCCAAAUGGGUAAUGGUCAUAAGCGUGAAAGAAGUGAAGAGACUGACAAGCAGGAUUUGGUGUCAAACAAAGCCCAAAAGUGGUUCUUCCAAAAAUGUGUCAAUUUUUCAGCUGUGGAUUCCCCAAGUUUCAAAGAAGCUUUGAAGGAAGUGCAAGAUCGUGUGAAGAAGAUUAAAGAUUCAUGGGCCAUCACUGGGUGCAGCAUCUUGUUGGAUGCUUGGGUUGACCAGAAAGGCCAUGAUCUGGUUUCUUUUGUUGCAGAUUGUCCAGCUGGGGCAGUGUAUCUGACAUCCUUUGAUGUUUCAGAUAUUAAAAACGAUGUCACUGCCUUAACAUCGCUAGUAAAUGGGCUCAUUGAGGAAGUCGGAGUGCGUAAUGUAACUCAGAUCAUUGCAUGUUCAACCUCUGGUUGGGUUGGUGAAUUGGGAGAACAAUUUGCGAGUCACAACAAUGAAGUUUUCUGGUCUGUGAGUCUAUCCCAUUGUUUUGAGCUUAUGCUGCUGAAGAUUGUGAAAAUGUAUUCCUUUGGAGACAUACUUGAAAAGGUCAAUAGUAUCUGGGAGUUCAUCAACAAUAGUCCCUCGGUUUUGAAAAUCUUCAGAGAGCAAAGUCAUGGAAAAGACAUAACAGUCUCCUCCUCAGAGUUUGAGUUUGUGACGCCAUAUUUAAUACUAGAGAGUAUUUUCAAGGCGAAGAAAAACUUGGCAGCCAUGUUUGCUUUAUCUGAUUGGAAGAAAAACUUGAAAGCAAUGUCCAAUUUGGUGAAAGAUUCCUCUUUUUGGAAAAAAGUUGAAAGAGUUGUGAAAUGUACAUCUCCUCUGAUUCACGGUCUACUCUUGUUUUCUACUGCAAACAAUCAGCAUGUUGGAUAUAUUUAUGACACUAUGGACAGGAUAAAGGAUAGUGUCGCGAGGGAACUCAAUCACAGUAAACAAUGUUACAAGCCGUUUUGGGAUGUGCUUGAUGAUGUCUGGGACAAGCACCUUCACAAUCCUCUUCAUGCUGCUGGCUACUUUCUGAACCCGAGUGCUUUCUAUUCAACUGAUUUUCAUCUUGAUCCAGAAGUUGCAACUGGUCUUAUCUCCUCUCUGCUUCAUAUGGUACAAGAACGUCACAUUCAACUGAAAAUUGCCACACAGCUUGAUAUGUACAGACUCGGUCUAGAUUGCUUUAACGAGGCCAGUCAAGCUGAUCAGAUCUCUGAAAUAUCUCCAGCUGAGUGGUGGGCUCAAAAGGCAGGCCAUCAUCCAGAACUACAGAAUUUUGCAUUUAAGAUUCUGAGCCAGACAUGUGAAGGUGCUUCGAGGUACAAGCUGAAGAGAAGCUUAGCAGAGAACCUGUUGCUCACUGAAGGAAUGAGCCAUGGUGAACAACAUCAUCUGGAAGAAUUGGCAUACGUUUAUUAUAAUCUUCAGCUACAAAUCUCGAAAGGCAAAGCAAGUGAAGAGAUUGUGCUGGUGUAACGAGCAGAAUUAGGCAUCAUUGUUCAUGUAUGCUUUAGUGAGAAACAUACGAUAGAACCCGAAAUCAAAGAUUCACCAGGAACAAAAUAUCUGAACGGUCUUCAUGUAGUAGUUUCUUCUUUCAUAUGUUACAACGAGACACAAGAGUCAAGAUCUUUAGCACAUAGUGUCUGAUCUUACCUACACAACA